AUGAAUGCGAUUCUCCACGUGAGCUCUGGAGAGGAAAUGAAGCGGUACCCGUUGUGCAGCAUCCGCGAGUACUUGUGCAUUGCUGGCAACAAGACCCUUCAGCCGAUCUACAAAUGCGAAAGAAGGCCGGGCAGCUCAUCGCCGCCACAGGUCCAGCCAGAGGCCAUGGCCAUGAUUGCGGUUGUUUUUGUUGCGUUUCCUUCCUGUCGCCCAGCUGUGGUGGUGGAACACCGUGGUGACUGGAAGUGGGCAAAGGAGGUGUGGGGCAUGCUGCAUGACCGCAGCUCGGAUGCAGGCGAUUACGCGUCUCUGAGCUUGAAAGCAUGGAGCACGAGGCUGUUCAUUGUGUAUUUGGACAAUUGCGCUCACGACAAGCUGGCAUCUGACGCGAGCUGUCGCGAGGACAAAGAGCUGCUGAUGGGAUCACUGGCGAGCAGGACCAUGGUCCUGUGGCUUCACGAACUUGAGGUGGCAGACCGCCGCUACCUGACGCAAGCCCAAGCUGCAAGUGCUGCUGCGCACGGAUUGUGUUUAUCAGUGGAAGAAACUUGCAGUGGUCAUGCCAUCCACAGCGAUGGAGGAGCGAUUGCUCACGAGGAUGCUAGCGCUCAGGCUGAGGAUUCCAAGCUGAUUUUGGAGGCUGAUGCUGAGCCCAUCACACCAACUGAGUACGAGGGAAGCCAGGUGUUUGAAGGCCCUUCCCUCUGCAUGGACCCGUAUGAGCCCGCCCUGAAGUUGAAGGAAAGGGAGGAGCUAAAGUACGAGGCAAGGGAAUCUUUCGUGGAAAGGGUGAGCCACGAAUAUGAACAGAACCGCUCGAACAAGUUCGAAGUCCAAUCUGGAUUCUACACGGAUCAGAUGAUGAUCGACGAACUCAAGUUCUCGAGGAAGGACAAGUAUGAGAAGAAGUUGCUUUGGUAUUGGGUGGACACAAAGUACACAGGUACACGCACAGAGGAGGACAAGGAUUUCGAUGAUGAUGGCGAUGAUGAUGAAAAUGAUGAGAGUGGCUCAGAGGAUGCAGACAAGAACCGAGAUGACAUGGAUGGCGUACCGCAGGUUCUGGAUGAGAUCCUGAAGCAGCAGAAGAAGAGCAAGCAGGUUUACCAACGCUGCCUUGAGGUUGGUGCUGGGGAGUGGACUGUGUUGACUGCCAAAGCUGGCACCAAGAAGGGUGCUAAGGGCCGCGGGGCGGCGGAUAAUGCACCUGAGGAGGCGGCUCCGAAACGUGCAGCCGCCAAGAGCAAAGGGCACUCUGCUAGUGGAACUCGAGCGGCUAUGGAAUUGGUGCCAACCAUCAUGGCUGCUCUGGAAGUGACUGACAUUGAUAUUGGGCUUGAUUGCAAACACCCUGUGAUUUUCCCGAGCAGCUAUGUCAAAUCCCUGGCAGACAAUGGAAAGCUGUGUAGGGGUUUUAAAAAGGGCCAAAUCAUGGUGCUUGGAUCCGAGCCGGUGCUUGGCUAUGGAUGCGAGGCUGAGGACGAAAUCACAACUUCAGAGCCUGUCAAGAUGAACUUUCGAGGCAAUACUUACAAAACCAGGCAGCUCUUCACGGUGGUCCCGAAAAAGCUUUAUAGCAAAGACGCAACAUGCUUGAACGAGCUAAUCAAUCAAUGGUCUGAUGACUGGAGUACAUGCUUCUCCGGCCUCCGCAUCCAGCAUGAAGGCAGCACCAUCGAGCUUCGAUUGGCGGUUGUAGGAUUAAAGGGGGUAACCCUAUUGGACUUCAAUCUUUCUGGUUCGCAUGCGACUGGUGCUGUCAAAUGCUUGGAGCACAUCUAUGCCGAGAUGAAAUCUUUUGCGGCAGAAAGGGAUCUGUACCUCCACAUGACUGGCCUGACGCGAACUUUGCUGAGCUGGAGUUCCAGCGCAGACUUCCCUACUGGGUCCUGGUUCAAAGGGGCUGACACGGUGGUUGUUUUGAGGUACCUCGCAUGGAAAUUCCAGCAGGUCCUGACCUCCGAUAUGAAUGUG